AUGCUGACGACAAGUGGGUAUCCAAAUGGAGCUUCGUUGCGUUCAUCUAUUGACGAUUCACCCCAAGAUCAGAAUGAAGAUGAAUCGGAAACUUUUCUACUUGGAAUGGUAACUGGUGAUGGAUUAGGAAAGAUGUUCAAUGCUCGUUACCGAAAUAUAAAGGAGAAGAAAGCAGCAAAGAUGACAUAUCGAGCAUUGAUUUACAAUUGUCUGGAACGACCAACUGGAUGGAAAUGUUUUCUGUAUCAUUUCAGUGUGUUUCUGAUCGUUUUGAUUUGUCUUAUCUUAUCUGUUUUAUCAACUGUUGAAGAGCAUAGUCAUUUUGCUGCGGAACUUCUUUAUAUUCUCGAAAUAUUUCUCGUUAUUUUCUUUGCCAUUGAAUAUAUUGUCCGGUUAUGGUCAGCUGGAUGCAGAUCAAAGUAUAUUGGAUUCUGGGGAAGACUGAAGUUUGCCAGGAAACCAAUUUCUUUCAUUGAUCUCUGCGUUGUUCUUGCCAGUUUAACAGUUAUUUGUAUAGGAAGUGAGGGCCAAGUAUUUGCAACGAGUGCUAUCAGAGGAAUCCGAUUUCUCCAGAUUCUGCGAAUGCUUCAUGUGGAUCGACAAGGGGGUACAUGGCGACUCCUCGGAUCCGUUGUAUUCAUUCAUCGUCAAGAAUUGAUCACAACUCUUUACAUUGGUUUCCUUGGUCUCAUUUUCUCAAGUUAUUUUGUUUAUCUAGCCGAGAAAGAUCAUGUGGGAGUGGACGGGCGUCAAGCAUUCACAAGUUAUGCGGAUGCACUUUGGUGGGGAGUGAUAACAAUGACAACAAUCGGAUACGGUGAUGUCGUCCCUCAAACAUGGACUGGACGAAUCGUCGCUUCUUGUUUUUCUAUUUUUGCCAUCAGUUUCUUCGCUUUACCAGCUGGAAUUCUCGGAUCUGGAUUUGCGUUAAAAGUACAACAGAAACAGAGACAGAAACACUUCAAUCGUCAGAUUCCUGCUGCAGCAACAUUAAUCCAAUGUCUUUGGAGAUGUCAUGCAGCAGAAAAAAGAAUAUCUGCCACUUGGAAUGCACACGUGGAUCCGUUGGCUCAUGAAACAAAAGAGACACAUCAUGGACAUGGAAAGAAGCAAUCAUCCAUGGACUAUAGUAAUGUUUCAAGAAAAAGACAGUUAUUCAAAAAACAAUCGAGUCUCGUGAAUACUUUCCGUAGAAAAGGUUCACCUUCUGCUGAUGUUGAAAUGGGAGAGAUGAAUCAUCAAGAACGUCUUCUUCGCCAUGAACGGAACUCGGAUACAGAUGACGAGAAACGAGUAUAUCGAGUUGGAACAGAUAUAGAAAUAGAAUACGAAACAGAAGAAGCGAAUACUCCAACAAAACUACAUCCAGAUAAUCAUAUCAGCCAUGUUUGUGAAUUGACAGAAGCACAUCGAAAUGCAAUCAGAGCAAUUAGAAAAGUGAAGUAUUUUGUAGCGAGAAGAAGAUUUCAACAAGCAAGAAAACCGUAUGAUGUACGAGACGUUAUUGAACAAUAUUCACAAGGACAUUUGAACAUGAUGGUCAGAAUUAAAGAAUUACAGAGGAGAUUGGACCAAACACUUGGAAAACCAGGACAAUACGAUGGAAAAGGGUCUCGAAAGGGUCACCCAGUGACGAUUGGUUCCAGAUUGUCGCGUCUAGAAUUGCAGAUGUCGAGUCUCGAUCGAAAAGUAGAGUCUAGUAAUCGAACACUGAAUGCUCUUUAUCGACUCAUGGCCGACAGAAACUCGUUGACAAUUUCUCCGUCACCUCCAGCAUUGAUAAGUAGACCAGUGUCACCUGCUAACUGUUUAUCACCAAGAGAUCAAUUGUCUCCAACAAGUAUCAGCAGUCAAAGGUCAGGAUCUCCAAGUUAUACACUGGAUCCGAAUGGAUGGCAUUGA